AAUCUGUGUGUGUUGUCAGUUGAGAAUCGUGGGGUGUACCAGGUCAUGGUGAUGCAAAACAUGAUCUGGUAGAUGUGCUUACAAGAAGAGCACAAACAUGGUGUUCGAGUCUGUUGUUGCAGAUGUCCUCAAUCGAUUCCUUGGUGACUAUGUUGAAAAUUUGGAUGGGUCCCAGCUAAAGCUGGGAAUCUGGGGAGGUGAUGUAGUCUUGAAAGAUCUAAGGCUCAAGGACAGUGCUCUGCAGGAUUUGGACCUACCUAUCAAAACUGUAUCUGGCUACCUUGGUAAGCUGGUGCUGAAGAUCCCCUGGAAGAACCUGUACACUGCUCCGGUGGUUGUGCUGGUCGAGCGGCUCCACCUGCUGGCUGUGCCCAGCCAGGGGGUGGCCUAUAACCGCGAGAAGGAGGAUGCCAACGCGCGCGACCUGCGCAAACAGCAGCUGAGCAGAUACGAGCGGCGCCAGCAGCUGGCUGACACGUCGGAGAAACUCAAAGAAAAGGACGACACUUUCGUGGAGAAACUGGUGACGCAGAUCAUCAAGAACGUCCAGGUCACUGUCCAGGACAUCCACAUUCGUUAUGAGGACCAGAUCACAGCGCCGGACACGCCGUUCGCGCUGGGCGUCACGCUGCACAAGCUAUGUCUGGAGAGCACCGACAACCACUGGAAGCCGGCCAUCGUCACAGACGCCGUCAGACAAAUCUACAAGCUGGUCAGCCUGGACAGUCUGAGCGUGUACUGGAACAGUCGUACCGAGCUGUACGGUCAACUAUCCGACCAGGAGCGGGAGAGGCGCUUCAUCGCUGAGAUCGCCACCUCCGACAGCGUCCCGCCCGGCGCCAAAUACAUUCUGGGUCCGAUCAACGCCAAGGCGCAGCUGAAGCUGAACCCCAAGCCGGAGCACGACGGCAGCGGCUUCCAGAUCCCCAAGGUGUGGCUGAACCUGGUGCUCGAGCAGCUGGCCGUCGGCGUAACAAAGUACCAGUACCGGGAUAUGAUGGAGCUUCUGCAGAGCAUGGAGCGUAUGACACUGGCCCAGCCGUACCGCAAGUACCGGCCGCAGGUCACCCAGUACCACGGACACGCCGCCGAAUGGUGGCGAUUUGCGUACAAGUGCGUGCUGAACGAGAUGGUACGCCGGCGACGCCGCAACUGGUCCUGGGUCCAUAUGAAGUCCUACCGGGAUAUGUGCCAACGCUACGCAAAGGCGUAUAAGACGAAGCUGACGACCAAGAAGGUUCCACCGGACGUCCAGGCCAGGAUUGAUGACUACGAGUUCAAGCUGGACAUCGUCAACGUGAUCAUGAUUCGUCAGAAGGUUCAGCUCGAGGUGGACCGCCAGGUGGAACGACAGAAGAAGGAAAAGAAGGAGUCGGGAUGGUUCGGCGGAUGGUUCGGCGGCGGCAGCAAGACAGACACCACCGCCGAUGAUGGCGACAUCGCCAAGCAGUUCGAGGCGGCCAUGACGCCCGAGGAGCGGCAGAAGCUGUACGCGGCCAUCGACUACCAGGAGAACGCGGCGCCCACCGAGUACCCGGCCGAGUUUGAGGCCGUCCAGCUGGCGUUCCGGCUGGGCACGCUGCGGCUGGCUGUCGAGGACGAGGAGGCUACUCCGACGGCCGUGCUGCGGCUCAGCCUGCGCGCGGUGGACGCCAGUCUGGCGCAGCGGCCGGCCGCCGGCGCCGUGCGCGUGGAGACGUCCAUCAGCGAGCUGCGAGUGGACGGCGUGCCGGACGGCGGCGGCGAGUCGCCGGCCAUCGCCUCCACCCGGUCCGGCAGCGCAUCGGCCGCCCUGCUCACGGCUAUGUUUGAGACCAACCCGCUGGAUGGAGAGUGUGACCAGAGACUGAGGAUGCGUAGCCAGCCCGUGGAGAUGGUCUACCACGCCGAGACGCUGGGCCGGCUGGCGGCUGUGUUCCGACCGCCGAGACACGUGCAGCUCUCUCAGCUUCACGCAGCUGCCAUGAGCAAGCUUCAGGAGCUGAAGGAGACCUCAGCGCUGAAGAUGCAGUACGCCAUCGAGACGCACAAAUCACUCGACCUGGAGAUAGACCUAAUGGCCUCGCAGUUGGUUGUUCCAGAGUUUGGAGACAUCACUAAGGAGGGUCGCCGACUAGCUGUGAACCUGGGUAGCGUUCGACUGCGCUCUGCACCACGCCAGGUAGAUCCAGUCAGUGUGCGGAAGAUGGCCAGUCAGGGUACCUCAUCAGAGGAUAUAUUCACCACCAUGGCCGCCCAGGCGUACGAUCAGUUCGACAUUGACCUGGAGGAUAUCGAGGUGGUUAUGUCGGUGCCUGGCGAGUCGUGGCGUGAGGCACUGAAACUGAGCGGCUCGCCACAGCAUCUGGUGCGUCCCAUCAGUCUCUCGGUUUGUGUGAAGAAGUGUCUUAUUACUGAUGAUCCGCGCCUGCCGGUCGUCAAAGUGGACGCCGCCAUCUCCAAACUCAGCUUCAGCAUAUCAGAUUAUCGUCUGAUUCAGCUGGCCAUUCUGGGAAACAGCAUCCCCUCACCGACGGCUGAUGACGACGAUCCACUGGCGCUGCCCGAACUGGACAGUAAUGCCAACGUCCUGACGCUGGACCGAUCAGCCCCGGUACCCCUCCAACCGUCCAGCUCGUCCGAGAAGAGACAGCGUGAUGCCGAACAGAUGACGGAUCUGCUACUCAACUUCAGAAUCCUGGAGCUAUGCGCGGACGUGUACCGUCGUCAGUCAGCCGACGAUCAGAGCAUGGCUGACGAGAUGAUCUCUCUGACGAUCGGCGGCGUCGGCUGCUCGGUAGCUGUGCGCACCAACACCAUGGAGGUCACCGCCACACUGGCAGGCGUUACACUAAAGAACCACGAGUUCCAGGACCCGGACGGUGGCCAGCUGUACCUGGUCAGUACACCGAUGACCCAAGGACGCUCCGAGCCGCUACUCAGCUGCAAAUACACCAAGGUGGACCGCGCCUGGGACAAGUUCCACUCGGAGUACGGCGGCGUGGCGCAGCUGGUCGAGCUCAGUUUCAGCGAGCUGACUGUGCAGCUCCACCAGGCGGCGCUGUGCUCCCUGAUGGCCUUUGGAGACGCCCUGUCACGGCAACUGAGCAGCAUUGGGCCCGAGCAGCCGGCGACGACCCCGGCUGUGACGGCCACGACCGCCCUGACGGAGUCGACGAACGGGAAACGAGCGGCGGCCGCGCGCCGGCACGGCUCCGCCUCCAGCGAUGACAUCGACAUCCGCCUGGACGCGUGCUUCAGCGACUUCCGCGUACAGCUCUCCUCCAGCCGGGUGUGGGUGGCCGGUCUGGACAUGGCCAACCUGCAGCUGGGCGCCGAGCUGCGGCCAGGACGUACCCAGCUCUCCGCCAGCCUGCGGCAGUUCGCCGUCACCGACCUGACGCCCAACAUCAAACGCGAUAAGGUGCUAAGUAUGACCUCCGACGAGGUGUUCCGCGCGGAGCUGCAGCUGUAUAACCGUCCGCCGGAGCCGGAGCCCUCCUUUGUCGACCUGGAGUUGUCGGCGCAGCUGGGAGGAGCGAGGCUGCUCUUCACUAACCGGUUCAUCACGGACGUGCUGGCGUUCAUGCAGCCAUUCUCAGCCACCCAGGCGGCGCUGGCCGAGGCCUCCCAGACGGCAGCAGAGGCCGCCCAACAGGCCAUGCAGAACGCCUACGCCCAGGCCUUCAAGGCCAAGCUCGAUAUCACCAUGAAGGCGCCGGUGAUCGUGGUGCCGCAGAACUCGAGCUCCGACUGGGCGUUGGUGGCCGAUCUGGGUUAUCUCAGCGUCAGUAACUCCCUGGAGAUGCCCGGGCCGCGCAGCCACCUCGGCGCGCCAGCCGUGCUGGACGUGAUGACACUGAAACUGGACAACCUUCAGUUCUCCAGAGGCCGUCUGGGCCAGGACGGCUCCGUGCAGUCCGAGUGUUUGAUCCUGAAGCCGGUCACCAUGUCGGUUCAGGUGACGCGUAACCUCAGUACCGGCUGGUUCCGCGAGCGGCCCGAGAUCGACCUGCUGGCCAAACUGGGAGACCUGGCGGUGGUACUCAGCGAGGAGGACUACGCCCAGAUCAUGCGCACACUGGCCGAGAACCUCUCUGAGCCGGGCACCGCCGGACUGGACGCCCUCCCGCCUAUCGAGGGUGGAGAGACUCAGAAGACCGCCACUCAGGUGGAAACCACUGCAGAUGUGGAUCCCUCCGCGGCGCCCGCCUCGACCGCCGCCACCGCAGAGAAGGAUAAAGCGCCGGCCGGCCAGGACGGGGCCGUGUUCACCAAACUCAAGUUCAGCUUCGAUUGGACGUUCGUCGGUGUCGAGCUGUUUGUCAGCUCCGCGGCAGAAAAGUCGAUGGACGAAUGCAAGAACAGCCGGUUCUCUUUGGGCACGUUCGGACUGCACCAGCUGUCAGUGGCUGGGAAGAUGGAGUCGGACGGCGCCCUCGGCUGCCGGGUCUCAUUGGAUGACUGCGUGCUGCAGGACACAAGGGCAGAUACGAAGACGUGCUUCCCGCGACUGAUGGAGAAGGUGACUCGAGCAGGAAAGCCCAAGGUGCGCAUGAUUGACGUGCAGUACAGCCAGAAGGCCAACCAGGACCGCGACCUCCAGGCGCGCGUGUCGAGCGUGUCUCUGAUCCUGUUCCUGCCCUACCUGAUGAUGCUGAUGGAGUUCUUCACAAAGAACAUGCCGGAGCCACAGCAGCAGGACAAGCGGCACGCGGGUCCGCCGGCGGUCGCCGCCAAACCGGCGACCGGGAAGCCCCAGCGGCCCACCACGCUGGAGGCGCCUCGUAAACCCACACCGGCCUCCACUGGUGAUUCAACUGCUGCUGGGGCGGCGGCGGCCGGCAUGCUUACACUGCAGCUGACGGUGGAUAGGCCCGACAUCGCCCUGGUGGAGGAUCUGACCGACAUCAACACACGCGCUGUGGUGUUCGAUAACGAGAUUCGUCUGAAGGUGCAGCAGACGCCGGACAAGACCAACGUGAUGGGCGACAUAAAUCGGAUUCAGCUGUUUACGUGCGUCUACAACCCUGCCGAGCGGGAGGCGACCAUGAACGAGAUCGUCAGUCCGUUUGCCGUGUCAGUGAUGGGAGGCCUGACACCGGCCGGCGACACGCGCCUUCAGGUGGAGGUCACCGAUGUCAAACUGCACGUGAACGCAGGUGAGCGCCCGCCCUCACCGCCCGCCCGUCGUCACCGCCGCCGCCGCCGCCGACCGACCGACUACUUGAUUGUGGGGCAGCCGGCGACACCGGCCGGUCACUGA